UGUUUAUUUUGAGAUUCAGGGUGAUUAAACUAGAGUUAUUCGAAGCUUUUUUAUGAUCAUCCCUGUCCCCGUAUAUACAGAAGUUUGUCUUUGCCGUAACGAUAUAUGUAUUAUUAUGUCUCAACAUUUUGAAAUAACAGUUAACUAUCUAUGUCUACUUAUAUUUUGUAUUCUUUGUAUAUUUUUUAAUUUAUUGAAAUAAGUGCACAUAAACAGUUUUAAUAACUUAUCAUAUGGCGUUUCGGAAAUAUUCAAGAAAUACCAUCUUCAGGGGUUCCCUUAUUAACUGGUUUAUUUCUUCCUAUUUUUGGUCGUAGAAGCUGCUCGUGAAGAUUGGCAGGCUAAUUUCGGAACACUCUCAGGGACAUCAUAAAAAAUAAUUGAUUAUAUACAUUGAUACAUUCAGUAUUUCAGAAGCGAAUCAAGACGCAUGUUUAUAUAAACUUUCUUACAUGAGCAUGACUGACAAAAAUAUGACAAUAAGGAAUCACCUCCUAUAUAAAACCCAAGUCCUGUAGAAACAUCUACACUAGAAACACAUAUUUGAUGAUUGAUACUUUUUUAGGGUUCAUUUUGUAUUCCAUCAUAACCACUAUCGUUUGUUCUUUCGGAAUUUUCGGGAACAGCUUAUCUCUGAUGGUCCUGAGGAGAAAGGAAUUAACCGGCUCUAUUUACACGUAUUUAGCUGUGUUGGCUGCCACAGAUUUGUCGUUAUCAAUAAUUUUUUUUCUCAGCGGUCUGAGCAGGGGGGCUUUUUAUGAGACCAAAUGGGCCACUUUAGAUGCUCUUGUCGGUAUGCCUGUUACAGCAGCCAUCAGCUCACUAAGUGUUAUGGCUACCGUGGCUGUGACGAUAGACAGGGUAUUGUUCUUGUGGCACCCUGUACAAUGUACCAGGCCGAGAUUUUGUAAUCCACGUAUUGCAAGGAAGCUUAUGACAGCGGGUCUCUUCUUGGCUGUUAUUAUGAACAUCCCGUAUUGUUUUAUUUUCGAAUGGACUGAAGAGGGACAUCUGAAAACUUCUGCAUUUUUCCAUUCCAGCAUCUAUAACUGUUUCAACUGGAUCAUGUUGAUAGUACUCACCAUCAUACCUGCAUUUAUAUUGAUCCUCGGGAAUGGUUUCCUGAUAAUGACGUUACGGAAAUCCCACAAAAUCUCAACCAGAUGCAAUGGAAAGAGAAUAAGGGACCACACAAAUUUGACCAUAAUCCUGAUUUCCAUAAUAGUCUUGUUCCUAAUCUCCGAAAUCCCUUCCAAUAUGGUCUCAAGAAUGAAAGCUAACAGCUUACUUUUCGGCGGCAUAAAAAAAAUCAACUUCAGAGCUCUGGAAAUCACCCGACAAAUCUGUACCUUUUUGGGGGCUGUGAAUGUGACCAUCAACUUCUUGUUCUAUUACCUCUUUUGUCCAGUCUUUUACCGAGCUCUUAUAAAGACCAUCAAGAGAGGAAAGAAGAAGAAAAUGCAGUCGAAAUCGAAAGUGAACGUCUUUGUGGUGAAGGGUGACGAUGAUCGUUUUGUCCCUGAUGUGAAGAUUUUGGAAGUAGCUAAACUGAGCACCAGGUCACCACUUUGCCUCAGCAAGAGCAAAACUACGCCAAGCGGUGGAGAUACUUUGGGAAAGAAGAGUGGCAACUCUGAUGAUACCGAAUAUUUGGAGAUCAUUGGAUCCCUGGUAGUUCGUAAAAUUAGGGUUUAUAGUUCAUUGGAUGAAGAUAGUUUUGGAAAUGAAUCUACUGCUGUAGCUAUAGAUCAUUAAAUUAUUUUCAUUCAUCAUCAUAAAUAGUUUCGAGAAUAUUGAAUAAAGCAGCGUUUAUUUACUUUAGAGAAUGUUUUCGUCAAGUCAAAUGUGAAGCAGGUGAGAAUUUAAUAACAAAUAUUACCAAAACGAAAUUUUGAAAUAAUGAAAAUAGACGAUUUGAAUGUUGCCUUUUCUGUACUCCUGUUACUCAUACUUUUGUUCUAUCUUUCCUAAUGCCAUCAGUGUCAAUCA